AAUACUAAUCAGGCGACCAUACGACCAUUUACACCAGUCUUUUACAGAAACUUGUACUUAAUUAUUACCCCUUAAGAAUAAUUUUGCUAUGACAUAACUCGACAUACACUUACAACCCACGUGCCGAAAAACUAAUCUAAAAAAGAAAAGAUCACACACCUCCCUUUAGGAUUUUUCCAGGGACUCAAAGCAGAAAGAGAUUCGUCCUUUUCCUUUUCCUUUCCCUUUCCUUUAUUCCCCAGGUCACGCGCACACACAACGGACACCCACCACGGAGUUUUGCUCCUCCUUGAUCUCUCUCUGAUAAAAACACGCACAAUGGGGGAACAAGAAGGCAGAGAGAUACAGAUCUAAAAAACCAAAUCUGGGAAAAGGAGCAGAAAAGAACUUUUCUUCUCUUCUCUGCAACUCCAUUUUUCCUUUUCUCUGCUUUGAGCUCACUAUAGAAGCCACGAAAACUUCUGCACCAAACUCGUGAAAAUGCAGCCGUGAAAGGCCAAUGUUCAGCUUCUGCACAAAACACCUCAACCAAGCUUACAAACACCUAAAACAACCAGAUCUUCAUCAUCACAAACACCCAGCAUUUUCUCCAUAAAGUGGUCCGAUUUUCUCCAUUAAAACCAUGUAAACAGCCCCAAAAACCACCCGCAAAACAGCUCGAAAAUAGCUGGAAAACAGUCAUUAAAACCUGCAAAAACGUAGCAGCUCCGACCCUGUUGAGCUUCGAAUUUUCCCGGUAGGCUUCGAGGUCGCCGCCGUUGAGGACCGUUCGUGGUUCGGUUCGCGUUUCUGCUCGAAGUAUGAUCGUCGUGUCGAGUUCCGGUCGCAACUGUCCCUUUGUUUCAGUCCGUGUAACUGCUGGAAUUUUUAUUAAUUGAAAACAACUUCAGCUCCUUGCAUUGAGGAACUUGAGGAUAAGAUGCAGAAGCUUCACAAAGAACGAGAAGCAGCCAUAUUAGAAAGGAGAGCUGCUGAUAGUGAUGAUGACAUGAACGGACUAGUAGCUGCUAUAAGUGCUGCAAAUCAAGUUCUAAGUAAAGGAGUUGGUAAUACAGAAACAAUAAAAAUUGUGGCAGCUGCAGCUCUGGCUCUAAGAGCAACUCUGAGGGAAGGAAGGAAUUUUCCAGUCGAGCUAGAUGAAUUCAGUAAAGAUGGGAAUAUGCAAUAUCAAAUGGAUGUGAGCAGAAGGGCAAACGCCCGAGAACACAAGAGAGCAAGAAAUGAUGUUAUGAGAAUGCCAGUUACAGGAUCCUAUUCGCCAAUAGAAGGAGAAUUAGACACUGAUGAAUGUGACACCGAGAGCAAUGCGUAUCGGUCUCAUCGUGAUCAAUUGCUUCACUCUACUAAAUAGAUUUUUGGUGAUAAACAUGAAUACUCUGAAUUUUUUGUAGUUGUAGAAAAUUUUAUAGAUGGAAGAAAGAUUAUACUUCAAGCUAUCGUGAUGCACAUGUGUCCGUUUGUAUAUCUGCUAUUUUCUCACCCUAUGUGAGGCUGAAGCUUCUGAAGUGGGAUCCUCUACAUGAAAAUGCAGAUUUCAUGAAUAUGAAAUGGUAAGUGCAUUUCCUCUCAAAUUUUGUAAAUACUAGACUCGGGGGUUGUGAGAGGAAACUUUUCCUUGUCCGACUGUGAGACUUCCUUUUUUGGGACCUAAAAGUUUGUAGCAUUAUAAUUGAUAUAUAUGAAAAUUCAAAUACGGAAAGAUGUCGUUGAGCCGUAUAUUCACUUCUAUACAAAUUUUUCAUCUCUCUCACACCAUCUUGGUAAGGAACUUUUGACUUGUAAAAAGAUUCUAAUAUGUAAAAUAUACAUAUAUACAUGUUUUAUAAGAUUUAGCUUUGAACUAUAAUUUUGCUUCAUUCCAGGUAUACUUUGCUUCAUAAGUAUGGACUCUCUACGGAUGAAAAUCCAAAUAGCUUUGAUGACGCUGAUGCCAAUCCUGUUCAAUUGGUGAUGAAACUUGCAAUGCCCAUUCCACAUAACCGGUUAGCUCAGUGCUGGUAUGUGUUUAGCACCCGUGAGACACUGUGUGCUGUAUCUGCCAUAAAACUGGUGUUAAGAAGACAUCUUCCGUCCACUGUCCCUUCAUACACUGAUCUAGGUAACAUGGUUCAUGAGCGUCUAGAUAAGGCUGUUGCUAAUUUGACGGUCUCUUUCUUAGAUCAUUACAAACGUUAGAAAUCUUUCUUCAUUUAGUUUCAGACAAAUGGUCUGAAACUAAGUACUGGUCUUUGCAGGUCCCUGCGUUGGACUCACUUGUAAUGGAAGUUGUACCUGAUGCAGCACGAGUCGCUGCAUAUAGGUUUGGAAUGAAUCUUCGCUUGAUGUCUAAUAUAUGCUUGUUCCAUGACGGUCGGAUUCUUGCCAUGGAUGUCAUAGAAGAAUUUGCUCUUGAUAAUCUCUUAUGUGGGAAGAUUCUUUCUAGGCAUCCAAGCAAACAUUCACGAUGCUAUUAUUAGAACUGAGAAAGUUAUUUUAUUAACUGGUAUUUUUGCAGGUCCUAGUGUUACAGGGCAUCGCAGGUAUUGUUUAUUUAAGUAGGUCAAUGUAAACCAUUUUCUUUUCUUUACCUACAGAUUGCCUUUUGGUUUACAUUGACCUACUUAAAUAAACAAUACCUGCGAUGCCCUGUAACACUAGGACCUGCAAAAAUACCAGUUAAUAAAAUAACUUUCUCAGUUCUAAUAAUAGCAUCGUGAAUGUUUGCUUGGAUGCCUAGAAAGAAUCUUCCCACAUAAGAGUUUAUCAAGAGCAAGUUCUUCUAUGACAGCCAUGGCAAGAAUUCGACCGUCAUGGAACAAGCAUAUAUUAGACAUUAAGCGAAGAGACAUUCCAAACCUCUAUGCAGCGACUCGUGCUGCAUCAGGUACAGCUUCCAUUACAA